CGCCCAGGCGCGCCCGGAGGCCCCCGAGGCAGCGAUGAGCAUCGAGAUCCCCGCGGGGCUCACGGAGCUGCUGCAGGGCUUCACGGUGGAGGUGCUGCGGCACCAGCCCGCCGACCUGCUGGAGUUCGCGCUGCAGCACUUCACGCGGCUGCAGCAGGAGAACGAGCGCCGGGGCGCCGCGCGCUGCGGCCAUGAGGCCAGGACGUGGGGGGACGCGGGCGCCCCCGCCGCCGCCGCCGCCGCCUCCGCCAGCCGGGGGGUCAACUUCGCCGAGGAGCCCAUGCGCUCCGACUCGGAGAACGGCGAGGAAGAGGAGGAGGAGGAGGAGGCCGCGGACGCCGGGGCCUUCAACGCUCCAGUAAUAAACCGAUUCACGAGGCGCGCCUCUGUCUGUGCAGAGGCUUAUAAUCCUGACGAAGAGGAGGAUGAUGCAGAGUCCAGGAUUAUACACCCCAAAACUGAUGAUCAAAGAAAUAGAUUGCAAGAGGCUUGCAAAGACAUCCUUCUGUUCAAGAACCUGGACCCGGAGCAGAUGUCUCAAGUAUUAGAUGCCAUGUUUGAAAAAUUGGUCAAAGAAGGGGAGCAUGUAAUUGAUCAAGGUGAUGAUGGUGACAACUUCUACGUCAUUGACAGAGGAACAUUUGAUAUUUAUGUGAAAUGUGACGGUGUUGGAAGAUGUGUUGGUAACUAUGACAAUCGUGGGAGUUUCGGCGAACUGGCCUUAAUGUACAACACGCCCCGAGCAGCUACAAUCACCGCUACCUCUCCUGGUGCUCUGUGGGGUUUGGACAGGGUAACCUUCAGGAGAAUAAUUGUAAAAAACAAUGCCAAAAAGAGAAAAAUGUAUGAAAGCUUUAUUGAGUCACUGCCAUUCCUUAAAUCUUUGGAGGUUUCAGAACGCCUGAAAGUGGUAGAUGUGAUUGGCACCAAAGUUUACAAUGAUGGAGAACAAAUCAUUGCUCAGGGAGACUUGGCUGAUUCUUUUUUCAUUGUAGAAUCCGGAGAAGUGAAAAUAACUAUGAAGAGAAAGGGGAAAUCGGAAGUGGAAGAGAACGGUGCUGUGGAAAUCGCUCGGUGUUCCCGAGGACAGUACUUCGGAGAGCUUGCCCUGGUGACGAAUAAGCCGCGAGCGGCGUCCGCGCAUGCCAUCGGGACUGUCAAAUGUUUAGCUAUGGAUGUGCAAGCAUUUGAAAGGCUUUUGGGACCUUGCAUGGAAAUCAUGAAAAGGAACAUCGCCACCUAUGAAGAACAAUUAGUCGCCCUGUUUGGAACAAACAUGGAUAUUGUUGAACCCACUGCAUGAAGCGAGUAUUGAGCAGGAAGACAAUAGUGCAAAAUUACACAGUAGUGGUUAGUCCACUGAGAACGUGUUUGUGUAGAUGCCAAGCAUUUUCUGUGAUUUCAGGUUUUUUCUUUUUUUUUUUACAUUUACAAUGUAUAAGUAAACAGUGAUUUAAUAGUCAAUAGGUGUAAACGUCACUUUCUAAUGGGUAGUUCAUGAAAAAAUCAACAUAUUCAUAAAAUGACUUUCUACUCCACAAAAUUAUUUGACUGAAAGUUUUAUUCAAAUGAUUGUAAUAUAUUGAAAGCAUCCAUGUUUAAGAAUUAAAAGAUGUUGUUAUAGACCAAUAUAUGUGUUUGAAUUAUUCAGAUAUCAAAUUAGUAUCUAUGCCCAUGUACGAGGGAAGUUGGCAGUGAGUCAUGCUGUCUAGCAUGGCAUCAUAGUCUUUUUAUAACUCAUAGUAAAAUGUCAAUCAUUUUCAUUUCAAAGUUUUUCUGGCUUGAUAAGUUAUGUGUUGGCCUUGGCCUAUUAGUGAAAUGGUAUAAAACGUCAUAUGCAAUUUUAAAAUUUUUUAUAUUUUUGCAAUAAAUACAUUUUGACUUUUUUGGCAUAAUGUCAGUAGUCUACAUAAUAAAGUGGUUUCAAGGACAGGCAAAUUUAUGAUGAUAGAGCAAGAAUGUUUUAAGAUGAAAGAUCAUUAGUUCAUUUUUUUCUUUAUUAAGCAUAUAGCACUUGCUUCCUCUCUAUUCUGCAGCUCUUCUGUAGUCUUUAUCUUUGAAAGUAUGACUUUGACAUUUCAUGUCACAAAGGAUUUUUUUUUACUCUUUAAACUUACCUAAUCUUAUAUGUUUCUGUCUUAUAAAAGCCCAAGAUCAUAUAAUUAGAAAAAGAAAAAAAAAAAAACAUUCUUAUACCAAAAAUCUUUGGGGAUCCUUAUCCACAUGCCCAUUGCUUUGUUCUCCGCAGUGUGUGCUCCGUGGCCCCGCGCAGGUCUGCUCCCGUGGGCUUUGGCGCUUUCUUUAACAGUUGCCAGCCAGCAAGCUCAUGCAUCAGCAGUAGCCAGUGAGGUGUGUUUUCUCUCUCCCCACCCCCUGGAAAACUCCACUCCAGUGGUAGAAACAAAUUUUUAUAAGAUAAGCCAUACACACCAAUAAAAGAAAUUUCUGUCUCUACCACAGGGCCAUAAGGCCUUGCUGUUAGUUCUAAUGUCAACUUAUACUUAAAAGUAAGGAAGUAACAAAAUUUAUUAGAUUUUCCUUUGAUCACUGGCAUCUUUGUUGUUCUGCCAAAUAAGAUGAAUUGUUAUAUUCAACCAAAGCAAUAUUCUCAUACAUGAUUUUUAGGCCCCAUGACCAAAUGUCUGACAUUAAUUCUAAUGAGUUGUUCACUCACAUAGGGAAAACUGAUCUGUCUCUAGCCCUACUUGCACAGGAAAACAUAGGUAGAAUGGCAAUUGGGUAAUGCGUAAGAAGUUACAGGAUGUAAGCUAUAACUGCAGCCAUAUAUUAGAACAUUGUUCAACAUUUUAUAAAAUUCUAUUGUAGGAUAAAGGGAGCUCUCUACAUGAAGACAACUUAUUUUCUAUUUCAUAUUUGAUAAGCCACAUCUCGUAAAUAAACAAAAAGAACAAAACAGAAAAAAAAAAAACCACUCAA